AUGGUAUAUCUCAAAUUGGUGGGUUUAAAAAUCUCAGAAAAAUUACUCAGUACAAUUCUGCAUUCAUGUCCAGAUAUAAACUUUCUCAUCCUCGAUCAAAGUCAUGGUUUUAGUAAUAUACCAAUUAUAGAAAUUGCAAAAUAUUGUCCAAAGCUACUACAUUUGAGUCUUGAUAUGUGUACAGCUAUUACUGAUAGAUGUGUUAGUGAAAUAGCACAAUCUUGUCCAAAUUUAAAAUACAUAAUAUAUUUAAAUCUCAAUGGACAACCUUCUAUUAAUGAUGAAUCAAUUUGUGCAAUUGCAUACUCAUAUGUAAAUCUUCAACACCUGGAUUUGUCAUUCAAUAAAAUAAUUAUGGAUGAAGCUAUAUAUGUAAUUGCAACUGGCUAUCUAGAUAUGUGA